CCUCUCCUGAACUUCCAGGAAUCAAAACUCUGGAGUACCGGUGGCUGCGUCACACUCUCUCUCUUGCAACCGUGCUCGCUGACCUGAAUUCAUGGAUCUUCUGUUUGUGCUCGAGUCCAACGCCCUUUCGGUUCUCCUGGGGUUGGUUGUAUUGCUGGUCCUGGUUUUAAUGAGCCGCGGGCCAACCAGUAAGACCAGUAGGCUGCCCCCCGGACCCUCUCCCUGGCCUGUACUGGGGAACUUGCUGCAGGUGGAUGUGAAGAAGCCGUACCAAUCUUACCUAGAGCUCAGUCAGAAAUAUGGUUCGGUGUUCACAGUGUGGCUGGGUCCGAAGCCAGUGGUGAUUCUCAGCGGUUAUGAGACGAUAAGGGACGCCCUGGUGAACCAAGCAGAGGAGUUCAGUGGGAGAGCCAACUACCCCACAUUACUAAGAGUGACCGGCGGGUACGGGGUGCUGGUCAGCAGCGGGGAGAGGUGGAGACAGCUCCGCAGGUUUUCCAUCACCACGCUGAAGAAUUUCGGGAUGGGACGGAGGAGCAUUGAGGAGAGAAUCCAAGAGGAAGCAAAGUUUGUAGUUGAGGCCUUUGCAGCAAAAGGAGGAGCUCUUUUUAACCCCAAAUUCAUCCUCUACAACGCUGUCUCCAAUGUCAUCUGCUCCAUUGUCUUUGGAAAGAGGUUUGAAUACAACGAUGAACGGUUCCAGCGUCUUCUGCUCACAAUAGACAGCUAUUUCAAGGUUCUCAGCAGCUCCACUGGAAUGUUCUACAACAUGUUCCCCAAUGUUGUCAAACACCUUCCUGGAACUCAUAACAAGAUGUUCGAAGACAUAGAAAAUCUCAAGGACUUUGUGAAGGAACAAGCUCGCAGCCGGAAGAAAGACCUUGACCCUGACUGCCCCCGUGACUUCAUAGAAGCCUUCAUGAUCAAAAUGCAACAGGAGAAAGACAACCCAGAGACUGAAUUCCACUAUGAAAACCUGGUGGCGACGGUGUUCAAUCUAUUCACUGCUGGGACAGAAACCACUGCCUCCACAAUGAGACAGGCUCUGCUGAUAAUGCUAAAGUACCCCCACAUUCAAGAGAAGAUUCAGCGCGAGAUCGAUGCUGUGAUUGGCUCGGAGCGAAGCCCCUCUGCCCAGGACAGGCAGCACAUGCCCUACACAGACGCUGUGAUUCAUGAAGUCCAGAGAUCAAUGGACUUGGCGCCCACCUCAGUCCCUCACACAGUGAUUAAAGACACUGAUUUCAAAGGAUACUCCAUUCCAGAGGGGACCAUGGUGCUGCCCCUGCUGUCCUCAGUCCUGUCUGACUCCAAGCUGUGGAAAACCCCUGACAAAUUCAACCCAGAUCACUUUCUGGAAGAAGAUGGAGGCUUCAAGAAGAACAACGCCUUCCUGGUCUUUUCUCUAGGGAAGCGGGUUUGCCUGGGAGAGGGGCUGGCUCGGAUGGAGCUCUUCCUUUUCUUCACGUCUCUUCUGCAGAAGUUCCGCUUCACUGGGACUCAGCCCCCGGAAAAGAUUGAUGUCAGCCCUGCUCUUAGCAGCUUUGGGAAAUUGCCCAAAGCUUACGAGUUCUACGCUCACCGCAGGUGCUGAAGAUGGGGCUGAGCUGGGACUGAGCAGAAAUCAGAUAUAAUAGUAUACCCUUCACCUCCUCACUGGUCUAUUCCCUGUAGUACUCUGUUUCUGCCACAAGAGGGAGGCAGCACAAUGCAUUAUGCCAGUGCUGUCCAACACUUGAGCAUUAUACUGUGUUAUUCAUUCAAUAAAAUAUAUCCCCUAUCUGUC